UGGCUUUUCUCCCGCGUGAAUUCUGAGUUGCUUCAGAGGAGAGUCGCGCUAGCCAAGCGUACGUCUCAGGCGUGAGGAGGGGAGGACUUUGUCAAGCGCGAGAGUCUGAGCCAGAGGCUACUCGAUCUGUGAGUCAGAAAACAUCUAGAUAUGGUGCCCUCUGGAAGAAAACAUACAGGGAAAUCUGGGAAGACAUCAAUGGAGGAUCAGGUUACAAGAGCCUAUGACUUUGAGAAAGAAGAUAAAAAAGAUCUGAGUGGUUCAGAGGAGGAUGUUACUGAAGGGAAGACUCCAGUAAUUGAUAAGCAUGGGAAGAAAAGGACUUCUGCAGCAAUAUUUGAAGAUGUGGGGGGUGAAGUACAAAAUAUGCUGGAAAGAUUUGGAGCUGACAUUAACAAGGCUCUUCUUGCCAAGAGAAAAAGACUAGAAUUGUAUACAAAGGCUUCUCUCAAAACUAGUAAUCAGAAAAUUGAACAUGUUUGGAAAACCCAACAAGAGCAAAGGCAGAAGCUUAACCAAGAAUAUUCUCAGCAGUUUCUGACUUUGUUUCAGCAGUGGGAUAUAGAUGUGCAGAAAGCUGAGGAACAAGAAGAAAAACUAGCUAACAUGUUUCGACAGCAACAAAAGGUUUUUCAACAAUCUAGAAUUGUUCAGAGCCAGAGACUGAAAACAAUUAGACAGUUAUAUGAGCAGUUCAUAAAGAGUAUGGAGGACUUGGAGAAAAAUCAUGAUAAUCUACUUACUGGUGCACAAAAUGAACUUAGAAAAGAAAUGGCUAUGUUGCAAAAAAAAAUUAUGAUGGAAACUCAGCAGCAAGAGAUGGCAAGUGUUCGAAAGUCUCUUCAAUCCAUGUUAUUCUGAUGACUCUUUGAAGGAAGAACUUGAACCUAAGUAAUAUGAUACAAUUAUAACAUUAGCUAUGAGGCAUGUAAUUCUUUGAGUGGUUUAAAACUUCUAGUUUAAAAUAAUACAUCCUGUUAAUUGUUAGCUUAAGUGCAAGAACCCUCCUUCUGUUAACCUUCACAUAAAGCUGAACAGUUAUGUGAGUAGUAGCAAUUCCUAAAUUAUAUAUACCAAGCUUCCAGCUCUUUAAUAGUUAAUAGUGAAUUUUUCUCUUUAAUACUUGUCAAUUAACUUUUAGCAAUAAAGAUGAUUUAAUUUCAGGUUUUGGCUUCUUUAGUGUAUUUGUAUUAGUCCCAAAGGGACUAUAGAAGGUUACAUUGUUCUUCUUUGAGAAAAAAUAUACAAAAUAUAUGUUAUAUGUACAUUCUACUGUAUAUACUUAAGUUACACAGCCAAUUCUAACUUCAAAAGAAAAUCUAUUCUAUUGACUUAUAUAAUGUAUUAAAAACAACCCAAGUUUGUGUUCUGAAAUAAAUUCAACUACUAAAAACCAUUAAGAAAACCAAACAAGAUAUAUAAAUAUCAGUUUUAAGACAUGGAUUUGUGACUGUGUCAUUUCCACAAAGACCUCAAAAUGCAUUUAAUUGGGCUUGGUCCAUAAUUAAAUGACACAUGCCCUUAGUAAUGAUUAAAAGCAUAUCAUUAACAUACUUAAUUACUUAUGGUUUAAAUACUUCACAUCUGUCUUUAAAUUACCUAGAAAAUAUUUUGUUUUUCAGUUUUAAUAUACAGUAAUAUGGAAGUUUGAUUACAUUCAUUUCCAAACUUGAACAGUUAACUUUAUACCUUGUUACUAAAAAUCUGCAUUUUUUAAACACAGAAUAACAUGAAACACUAGAUUUAAUAAAUAUUAAAUCAUUUCAGCAUUUGUUUGAAAUAUGUCAGCUAAACUUAUUUUUUGCUGAAAUUGCUUUCAUUGAAUCAUUCAAAACAAAAAAUAUCCCCAUUAGGAGGAGAGGAUUGGUUUUCAUCUGUUUUUUCAUGUUGUAAAUUCUAAUUUUUGCCCCUAUAACCCACCUUUACCUUAGUUUUAAGGUUUCCCAAGUUUUAUUUUUUAUUUAUUUUUUAAGAUUUUAUUUAUUAAUUUGACAGAGAGACAGCAAGAGACAGAACACAAGCAGGGGCAGUGGGAGAGGGAGAAGCAGG